AUGGCGUUCACUGACCAGCCGAUCAGAAACCUCCUGGUCCCCUUCGUGGCUCUGCUCGCCGCGUUGUGGCUUCGACCGAUUCUCCAAAGACUGCCCGCCCCUGAGCUAGCAAAGCUUCAACUGACAUCCUUAAAUGGUACCCUGCACUCCAACGAAACUUGCAAGAUCAUCCACCAUCCUGCUGGUUCGCUGAAGUACUGCGAAGAUCUCCUGCAUUGGAAAGAAGCCGGCGUUGCGAUUGCUAGCUGUGAUCAAGGUCGUCCAGAGUGGAAUACGGUUCUGGGUCCACUCAAGAAUCCCGAUCCACGAGGGCGUCUAUUUGUGUAUCAUCUCCCUGAAAACGAGCCUAGGGCCCCCAUCAAGCAACCCCAGCCUUGGGUCUACGAGCUCGAACUAACUGGCUUUCCGGCCGGCAAAGAUUUCCAUCCGCUCGGUUUAGAGCUCCAUCAGCUCACCGAAAACUCUGCCAGACUGUUCCUUGUCAACCACCGUAGAGAUAGGAGUGUUAUCGAAGUCUUCAAGCUCGAGUUCAACUCACCUGCAGGAUCAUCGUCCGAAGAUUCCAAGUCGCAAAAGCUGUCCCUCACUUGGGAACGCACCUUGGCUCAUGCCUUGAUCUCAACCCCCAACGCUAUUGUCGCACUCGAUUCAAACUCCUUCCUCGUCACCAAUGACCACUACAUCAAUCGUCGGGCACACCCCGCAUUGCACGUUCUUGAGACUUGGCUAGCUCUCAGGGGUGGUAGUGUGGUAGAAGUAAGAUUCGGCGAUCAGCCCAAAGAGAACCUCAACAAAACAGAAGUGAUUGAUGCUGCUGCACUCAACAAAACAGAAGUGAUCGAUGCUGCUGCACUCAACAAAACCGAAGUGAUCGAUGCUGCUCCACUCAACAAAACAGAAGUGAUCGAUGCUGCUGCACUCAACAAAACCGAAGUGAUCGACGUCACUGAAUGGGAGAACGUGGAGGCGUGGAAGACCAUUGAUGGGAUCCCAUUUGCAAACGGCUUAGCAUUGAACCCAAGUAGAUCAACCCUAGUCGUAGCGUGCUCGAUCACACAAACGUUAUGGUAUUACCACCAACUCAAGCCGAUUGGCUCGAACCAGCGACUUGCUUUCAACCCGAUUGGCUCACGAAAGCUCAGCUUUGCGCCCGACAACAUCCACUUUGAUAGCCCCCACAGAUUGAUCGCUGCAGGCCAUCCCCACGGUCUAUCCUUACUCAAGUUCUCCUGGCAUCUUGAAAAGGGUAAACCGGCGGGUAGCUCGGUUGCCGUCGUCUUACACUCCGACCCCGACGGACCUUUGAACCCUCAUCGAACUCAGGUACACAACAUCUUAGUAGAUGAUGGAGAGUUCUUUGCCUCUUCCACUAGUGCCAUCAUUAUUCCUCAAUCCACAAGACUCAAUAAAACAGAUCAUCCGGAAAACAAGCUCAUAGUCACUGGACUGUAUCAGACCGGUCUGUUGGAAUGUGAUUUGUCUUCAGAAUGA